AUGGAUCCCUGCGGCCACAACAACAAUGACUUCGGCCAAGCCGGAGCCUACAAUGGGUCUUCCUCGCCCAUCAAGUUCUGGCGGAGAGGCUCAUUGUCCGCCGCUCCAGCUCUUCCCAUGCGUGUCGCGUUGCAACCAUUGAUCGCCGACUUCAAUGAUACAGACGGCGGCGGCUGUGGACAUGGAAGCCAGACUUCACAUGUCUAUCAUUGA